GGGGCAAAAACUUGAAUGUUUCGGAGCAGAGCAGCCCGGAGCACACUCAAAUCAGUCGCUUUUAAUAAGCCACUGCCAGUUAUUUUUGUGGCUGAAGUUUGUUUCGUUUUCCAUUUUAGACAGAACCACCGUCAGAUCGAGACGUCAGGGAGCAAAUCUGCAGCGAACUUCUUGUUUCAUUGACAAUAAUGCUGACAGGAGACGAGCCAGCAGAUCGUCUCGGCUGGUUUUGUUGAGCUGCUGUUGGACUUGAGAAGUUUCACCUGAGACAUAUAUUUCACUUUUUCCUCAUCAGGACUUGAUGUUUUUCAGCCUCGACUGUCGGCUUUUCUAUUCCGUGAAUGGAAGUUUGUGUGCAGUCAUUCAGAUGAAAACAGACGUCGGGAAGUAGCUGGAUCACCUGUUACCGCCUCAAAUCGCUUGUUUUUACCUGCCAGCAGGUACUGUGCUGCAUGUGUGUGUGUUUGCCAGCUCUAAUGGUAGCAGCUAGAAAACCUCGCCUGUGAGAGGAUCGAACCACCUCAACAUGACAGAGGUCCAGGUUCCGUGGCCGCAGGGCACUGAGUGUGUCGCCAGGUACAACUUCAAAGGCACAUCAGAGCAGGACCUUCCAUUUAACAAAGGAGAUGUGUUGACUAUCAUUAUUGUCACAAAGGAUCCAAACUGGUACAAAGCUAAAAAUACUGCUGGUCGUGAGGGAACAAUUCCAGCCAACUAUGUUCAGAAAAGGGAAGGUGUGAAAUCUGGACCCAAGCUUAGUCUAAUGCCAUGGUUUCAUGGGAAGAUAACUCGGGAUCAGGCAGAGCGGCUGCUGAACCCCCCUGAGACAGGCCUGUUCUUGGUGCGAGAAAGCACCAACUUCCCCGGUGACUACACGCUGUGUGUGAGCUGCGACGGUAAGGUGGAGCACUACCGCAUCAUCUACCACAACGGCAAGCUCACCAUCGAUGAGGAGGGCUAUUUUGAAAACCUCAUGCAGCUGGUUGAGCACUACACCAAAGACUCUGAUGGUUUAUGUACCAAGCUGAUCAAGCCAAAGCUGGAGGAGGGGACGGUGGCCGCUCAGGAUGAGUUCUCCAGAGGUGGCUGGUCGAUGAACAGAAAGGACCUCAAGCUGCAGCAAGUUAUUGGAAAAGGAGAAUUUGGAGAUGUCAUGGUGGGAGACUACAGAGGAACCAAAGUAGCUGUGAAGUGCAUAAAAAACGAUGCCACAGCACAGGCCUUUAUUGCGGAGGCUUCUGUCAUGACGCAACUACGACAUGAUAACCUGGUACAGCUGCUUGGAGUGAUCGUGGAGGAGAACGGGAGUCUAUAUAUAGUUACUGAGUAUAUGGCCAAGGGCUGCCUGGUCGACUACUUACGUUCCAGAGGCCGGACAGUACUUGGUGGAGAUGCUCUCCUAAAUUUUGCAUUAGACGUCUGUGAAGCCAUGGCGUAUCUGGAGACCAAUAACUUUGUGCACCGAGACUUAGCAGCCCGAAAUGUUCUUGUGUCAGAGGACAACAUCGCCAAAGUCAGUGACUUUGGUUUGACCAAAGAGGCGUCUUCCACUCAAGAUACAGCCAAGCUGCCUGUGAAGUGGACAGCACCAGAAGCCCUCAGAGAAAAGAACUUUUCCACCAAAUCAGACGUAUGGAGCUACGGUAUUUUGCUUUGGGAAAUUUACUCCUUUGGCCGAGUCCCUUACCCAAGAAUUCCACUGAAAGACGUAGUGCCUCGAGUAGAGAAGGGUUACAAAAUGGACUGUCCCGAUGGCUGCCCUGAAGUCGUGUAUAACAUCAUGAAACAGUGCUGGAACCUGGAUCCUGCUGCUCGACCGAGUUUUCAAAUGCUGAAGGAGUGGCUACAGCACAUCAGCCAAGGGAUGGGAAAAAGACAAUGAGACAUCUGACAGAACAGACAACGACAGUGACUUCACUCUUCCUUCAUUUUGACCACUGGGACCAUAAUCUGGGAUGAAAAAACAUAUCUCAACAUCUGUAUUAUUUGGCAAAUUUUACAACAAAUAGUGUUUUUAUUAACUGUAUCCGUCUUAACUCUUAAGAGGCAUCAGGGUCGUCAUGUCUUCCUGCACUCUGUUAUUAAGAGUGAAUGAUUAACUGUCAUAUCAACAAGUCUUUCCUUCGACACAGUGCUGCCUCAGACCCGUAGUGCCUUGACAUGUUUUCAUAUCCUUUAUGUCCUUUACACUGAUAUCCUUUGUCAUACUGAGAGCAUCCUUUAGUUGUUGUAAACUUGUAAAAAGUACCAUCGCUUGACUCAGCUGACUGAAUCAACAGGAUCCGUUUAGAGAGAAAAGAUGCUUCCUAAGUAGGAAAUGAAUUUUGAUACGUCAUUACUUGCUGUUGUUAUUGUUUUUUUUUUACGGUUUCCAGGUACACCUUUUUGCAUGAAUGUGGGAUUAUUUUGUUUGAAAGACUAAAUUAAGAUAACUGUAAUUAUGCAGCUUUAUUUUUCAUUGUUAUAUAAUAAUAAAUGUGUAAUUCCUACUUUCUGAUCCCUCUGUAAGUAAAAAAAAGGAAGCAAAGUACUGUUCUAACAACACUGUUCAAUUUGGUAGACAGAAUUUUCUUGUCCAUAAUUUUCUAAACCAAUAUCAAGAAGUGUUUUCUAAUGCAAAUCUUCAGAUCCAAGCAAACUAUAUGGAUUUUGUCUGUAGGAGAAAAUGAGAAUGUUAUUAAAUGUAUUGUGCUGCCAUUUUUGACAAUAAAAAAUUUAUUUUGAAAA